AUGGUUAAUUUGAAAUCCAUUGGAAAAGAUUGCUACUAUGCCUUAAGAGAAAAGUAUGUCUUCCCUGUUACUGAUGCUUGCUGGGAGACAGAACAAAACAAUCUAAUUAACACUCUAAAAGACAGGAGGGAGCCAGUGACACUAGCCGGAGAUGGCCGCUGUGAUUCUCCAGGCCACAGUGCUAAGUAUAGGACUUACACAACGUUGGAUGUUCAAAGUGACAAGGUUGUAGACUACUGUGUACGCACCACAGCACUAGCGGCAUACCACUCCCUUUACCUUAUACACUUACCUAAGCAUACACACUUUUCCCACGAGGUAGUGGAGGAAGCAACAAAGCUCAUUGCUCUUGAUCAUAAUCACAAUACGUCACGACAACAGACACUUUUGUUUUUAGUUUUCGCAGCCUCACGUUUUCCAGAAGACGCUCCAAAGACUAUAAUCUUCGAAGAGACAAUUGCCGAGGAAGGUGCCACGUGCGACUUCAGAGAAAGUGGUGUUUGCAUAAAAUUUUCUCCUAAAGCGGUGCCGGAAGUCAAACGGAUCACAUGUUCAACGUGGCGUCCCAGUGCUGUCUCACUGCCUCUUAAAGGUGAUGAAUCAUUGGUCAGCAGCGUAAUACAACUUGCCUGCGAUGAUCCACUAGGUGUUAACUUUACUGGUGUUACCGUGGCCUUGUUGCACAGUGCAACUGACUUGGGAGGAUACGAACUGGUGAUGAAAGAACAGACUGACUCAGAGAACAACAUUUGGAAGAAUUUGAAUACUUCAAACGUAAUUUGGGAUUCACAAGAGUCUCUGCGUGAAAAUUGUGAAAGGCAAAGUGCUUUACAGUCUGUCCAAGCUACAAUAACGAGCUUUUCUCUGUACGCUGUGAUCUGUCGUCUCAAGUCUUACAAAUUCUCAUUCGACGCGUCAAUGGAAAGUCCCGAGUUGACUUGUCAAGUCCCAAGUCCAGUUUCUGAGUGUUCGGAUGUGAGUGUGACAAUUCCCAGAAAGUCUUUGCGAGAAGAUGUAGAAUUGACAAUGAAGGUUCAAGAGGUUCCAAAUUAUAAUUAUGAAGAAAAAAGAGCUUUUGCUGGUCCAAUUCUUCAUAUCUCGUGCCCUGUGGAAUUGAAGCUUAAAGAGCCUGCUUCGAUAAGAAUACCCGUUGCUUCGGAACAAGACCUCCAGAAAUUACAGAACCUGUCGAUAAGCAGUGUGAGAAUAUGUUACCGAAGCUUGGAGGAUAGCUCACAGGAAUGGGUUGACAUCACAAAGGACCUGAGACCACCAGCUAAACUAGAGAACGGGACUGUGACAUUUCAAGUCACCCACUUUUCACUGUUUACUGUGAUCCUAGCAUCUGAGACUUUGGAAGAAGCGAGUAUUCGAGAGCUUCUCAAAUGUGAUUCCUCCGCGCCACAACGUGCAGGAUUCCUAGCCUGUUUGUGUUCUCCUGAAAAUCUGGUUGAACGCCUCCUCGUUCUAUGCUGUUACCCACUUCAAAUGGCGAGUAGAGUGUGGAAGAAUGUAUCUAGAAGAUAUACCGUGGUUAGCCAAGGCCAAGAAACAUCACGCCAUCCGCUGAACAGGGAGGACAAGGUUUAUUUUUCUCUUCCAGAUGCACUUAGUCCAAGUGUAGAAAUUGAUAUGGAAACUAACUUCCUUCAGUUUCUUGGCCAUGAAUCGUUUCAGACAGCCUUUACAGUACACGUGGGAAAGACCAAAAGUGCUCCGCAGAUAAAGUUUUUCAAGCGGAACGGUCAAGAAAAAGUCCUUUGCACCAUGGUCAUCUUCCCGAAAUCACCGCCACAGCAUGAUCGUCCUUCGACUUCACAAGGCAUGUCUGGUGAUCAAGGUGAAAUCGAGAUGCGAAAGGAACAGUUAACAUCACAGCACAUUUUGAAGAUAAAGGACGACGUAGGAACCUGCUGGCGCGAUCUCGGAAUAGCACUUGGAAUUGACACAGCAAAAGUUCACAAUAUAGAGCACGAUUGCCGGGAUCUCCGGGAAAUGGCUCAUCGUGUCUUGGAUAUAUGGAUAGAAAAGAAAGGGAGUGAUGCUACGGUGGGACGUCUUGCCUGCGCUCUUAUAAAAAUUGGGCAUAAGAGGAUUGCAGAUAAGCUGCUCGCCUUAUGCCAAUCUGCGCAGCCGAGUGAGCGAGAAGGUGAACAGUCUAUGCAACCGAGUGAACGAGAAAGUGAACAGUCUAUGCAACCGAGUGAACGAGAAGGUGAACAGUAUAAGCAGUCGAGUGAACGAGAAGGUGAACAGUCUAAGCAGUCGAGUGAACGAGCAGGAGAACAGUCCAAGCAGCUGAGUGAACAGGAAGGUGAACAGUCUAAGCAGCCGAGUGAACGAGCAGAAGAACAGUCCAAGCAGCCGAGAGAACGAGCAGGGGAACUGUCUAAGCAACCGAGUGAACCGGAAACACCACACGACAUUUUUAGUUUGCUAGCAGAAGUCCAACUAUUGAGAAAAGUCGUCACUGGAUUAGAAAGACGACUAAAGGAGCAUGAAGGUGAGCAGGCGAAACAAGCGACUACACGGGAAGGUGAACAGUCUAAGCAACCGAGUGAGCACGAAACAGCGGAUGACAUGUUUAGCUUGCUCGCGGAGAUCAAGAAGUUGACAAAAAUCGCCAUUGAACUUAAGAGACAAGAGACGGAGAAUGAAACGUUGAAAAAAAUGAUAAAAGAUAUCAAGUAGAUGAAUACACAAAUCCAGCACUUAAUAGAGAAACAAAAUUUGGAACGCAAGUAAUACAUUUUGGCUAUAUAGGUUACGUUAUUAGUCCAAUGUACUUUUGUUUUUAAAAGUGCUCUGACUUUUGUAAAGUUUAAACCGUAAAUGUUCACGAGCAGUUAACUCAAUCAGUCGGAUGGUUUAAUGAAUUUAAAAUGAACCUUUAAAAAAAAAAACCUAAUUUUAGUUUAAACUUGGUACUACACACUGUCCGGAAUAAAAAUUUAAAUUAGAAAUAGAAAACAUUUUCCGUUGCUAUCGAGUUAUUGAAAUCCCAGUAAGAGUCUGUGAGAUGGAGAAAUUUUAAGGGAACACGAACCGCCAGGUUGGGGUUCACACAACUUUUUUGACUCCUUCCAAAAUCACUCCCUAGUUCUUCGCGGGGUUACUCCCGGCAUUAAAUUCGCCAGUGCUGAUUUAUACACACGGGUGGAGAAAGUUCCCUUCGCAACGUGAGAGUAAAAUGUCUUGGCCAAGAACACAGUGCAAUUCCUUCGGCCACGGCUUAAACCCGGAGCCCAGCGUGUUAACCGAAGGCCUCCUCGCCUCCACAUAGGUUUAUUGCGAUACUGAGAAAAGGUUUUCUAUUUCUUUUAUAAGAUAUUGCGUGAUCAAGGGAGGAAAAUUACUCAUCUUUCGAUUUUCAAAAUGUAAAUUGUCUAUGCUCUUACCCUAAUUGCGUCAACGCCUCAUGCUUGUUCUACGAACUACACGUAUCAUAUUAUAUCGAAUUGAUAGGCAGCGUGUUCUGUUGGAAUCCGCGUCUGGGUUCCCUCGGCUCUUUCUCGUUUUCCAUUGUAGUCACUGGCCCAGAGCUGAUCACGUGGUACGCUUUCGGGCACUAUCAAGCGAUAAAGCUCAACGUGCUCCUAUUUAUACCUAACCGUACCUUUGAUAUGCUUAGUACCAUAUCAAGUAUGUUUGGUCGAGCCAUGGUUCGCAGUUUUGCGAGAAGUAGUCGUGCCAAAUACUCUUGAUGUAUGAGCCUUGGAACGUCGUUCUUGGGCUAAUAUUUGUUCUUUAGCGCAUAAAAUUUCCAAGGGCAAGUAUCAGCCCAUAGCUCUAGGCGCGUGUCCGAAAACUCUAUAUAUUGUAUGUAUAGUAUCCUAUGGGCAUACUAUUAGACCACAAAGCCCAUUCAGUGAAGUAGCACGAAUACAAUUUUUUUUAGAUAACAAUAAAAAUAGUUCACACUCCCAUUUGAAUUUCUGCAAGAAUAUAAAUUAUAGCAUGAAGAAAUAAUUUUUAAGCUUAAAUUUGCGUCAAAUUACAGUGUGGUAAAGUUUAAUAGCCUUUUUACUUCAUGUAUGUCCCUUUUUAAACAAAGGAAAAUAUUCGGCACAGACUCAACUGCAAUAUUGGGUUUAGAAAGAUUACAAGCAAAGUAACUGUGACUGCACCAGGCGAAGCCGAGUGGAUCAACAGACUACUUAAUUAACAAUGUUAUGACAGCCGCAUGAAAGCUGACGUAAAACUUAGUUUCAGAGACUAAUAAAAGAAAGCCAACAAAAUUAAGGUUAACCUUCACAAGAAAAAGAAACAAAAUUAAAAGUAAAAAAUAAAUAAAUCAAUAAUUUGGUAUAUUUAAAAAUAACGCUAGGUGAAAGCGCAAGUAAAUCUGGAUUUCUUGUAACCAAAACGAUCUUGUCAAACUUCGUAAGUAGUUAUAGAGUGGGGCUUCCAUGCUAGGACGUAUACAGAAGGGUGCAUAAAUAAGGGUGCGCGGGUUGCUGAGGGGUGUGUGUUCAUGACGUCAUAGGGAAGUGACGUCAUUGCCUCUUCCGUAAGAUGGUAUCAUCUGGGUGAGAUUGGAUAGGAUGGCGUUUGCAUAGUGGUGUAUGGUGCAUAGUGGUGUAUCCUGUUGAUGAAAUCAUUUUUUACCGAACGGUGACGCAAUUUCCCUUUUCGAAAGAUUAUAUCAUCAGGAAGGGAAGCUUAACAUAAAAUUGGAUAACUUAAUAUGAUGAUUUUAGAAGAUGACAUCAUAAAAUGGGACCCGUGUCCAAUGGGCCAGUUACUGAGCAGAAUAAUAAGAAACGCAUUUUAGUAGGGUAAUUUUAAAGCAGAAUAAAAUAUGAUUUUGUAUCA